GCCGCCGUGAGCAGCACGGCAGAAGCGGAGCAGGCAGCAGGAGCCCCGAAGCCAAACGCAACACGUAACAGAGCCGCAGGAGGAGGAGCAGGCGGAGGAGGGUAGCGUGGAGCGGGCGCCAUAGGCUUUCAGUGCUGUAUAUACAUACACGCGCAGGGAGCCACCGAAAAAUAGCAAUCAAAAUUAAAACGCCCGUCGCGCUGCCAAGUGAAACCCCUAUCACAUCCUUAGAACAUGCCUAGAUCUCGCCACAGGCCGUCGUGGUAGAAAUACUCCCAGAAACAAUGCUCAUCCGCCUGCGCUAUGGAAGACGACUGCAGACCUAUCUUAAGAUAGGUGCCUGUGUCCUGGUGGGUCUCUGCUAUUUUGCCUUUCUCUUCCGCGAAUCCCUCAAUGCCUACGAGCAUCGGGAACGGGCCACCGCUGCCGAAUUGGAGGCGGACGCGGAGCCCUCAAAGCAACAGCUCAAGCUUAAACGACAGCAGCUGCAGCGUCAGAGAUUGCUCAUCAAGCAGCAGGGCAAGGGUUUCGCCGGCAACUCAAGUUCCAGCUCAGUGCCUUCGGCACCUCCACCGCCGUCGCUGCCUGUGAGCACUCUGAAUCCCGUCUACGAGUACUCCGAGGAGCUGCACAGUCGCACUGAGCGGGAGUUGCAGCGGAGAAGCGAACACCUGGCCGCCGUCUGCGAACGCUAUAAGUUGCAGGAAAAGUACCCACCGAAUCCCUGGGAAUUCUUCGUCUCACCGGGCCAUAACAAUCUUGUUUGGUGCAAUGUCUUCAAGGCAGCCAGCAGCACGUGGAUGUAUUACUUUAAUAUACUUGCUGGCUACGAUGUGAAGUAUCUGCAGCGCACAGAGACACAGCCCCUGGAGCUGGCGCGAAAGCGUUUCCCUCGGCCGGAGCUCGCUGAGCUAAUGGAACUCCUGCCCAGUGCAUUAUCCUUUCUCUUUGUGCGCGAUCCCUUCGAGCGGAUACUGAGCGCCUAUCGCAACAAACUGGAGGGCAACAAGAACACCUUCUAUAAGGCCCUGGGCACCAAGAUUGUGCAUCGCUAUAGAAAUCGCCAGCUGGGCGGACCUUGGCCCAGAUGUGGACCCACCUUUGAGGAGUUUGUGCGCUUCCUGAUCGCUGAACAUGCAGCGGGCAAGAGAUUCGACGAGCACUGGGCUCCUGUGUACAGCUUCUGUACGCCCUGCAGCGUCAACUUCACCAUCAUAGGCAAGACGGAGACAUUUCAGCGCGAUUCGGAGUUUAUUAUUCGACAGGCGGGAUUGGAAUCGCUGCUGCUGGGUUUGGGUAAGUUGCCUCAGAGGAAGCAGCGCAAGAUUGGCAACCAGGCGCGCAGUGGCGUUAAAUCGGAGGUCCUGGUCGAGCGCUAUUUCGCCGAUCUCGAUCGCUCAACGUUGGACCAAUUGCUCAAGAUAUAUCGCAUCGACUUCGAGCUGUUUGACUAUGAUUACCGCAAGUACUAUGACAUGGUGCAUCCCUGGAGUCAGGAGCAGACCACGGCGGCGGCAGCUGUGAUGGCUGUCCAGGCUUCAACCACAACGGCCACCAUGUCCUCGGCCUCGGUCUCCGUUUCGGCGGGCAAUGUAGGGGAUGUCAACCAAGUGACGUAGAGUUGGAGUCUAGAAGUCAAGCCAGCUCGGGAGUGAUGAGUCGUGAAACAAUCUUAUCAUGUACCUUUUUACACGAAAACUCGAACCAAACACUCGACACAAACACAAACCAGAGUUGUGGGUAAGGAAUAGGGUUUUUCAGUUGAUCUUUUUUAGUCUAGGUUUCUAAAAUUUUAUAUUAAUUGUAGUUUAUUUUUCAUAAGCAUUAUUUUAUUUAAAACUUAUUUAUAUGAUAGAGAAACUUCUAAGUAAUUGUCGUUAUACCGUAUUCAUUAUGAAAGUAAACCUAAUGAUGCUCAAAACGGGGCACUCACCCAAAACUGCUAUAAUAACUUCCUUAAAUUUUAACAAAAAAUAAUUAGUGAAAAUUACAAAACACAACUCUGGCCACAAACACUUACACUAUAAACAGAACCCAACCGAAGCUAACAAAUCUACCAAAAAGUUUAAGGCCAAAUCAACGUUUUCCAAAAACGCAAAACCAAAAAGUAAAACAAAAACACUCUUGACCUCUCUUAGAUAAUGCCAAAAAAAACAAAAAAACAAAAAAAAAAGCAAGUAAAGAAGGAGAACCCAAGGAAACUUAGUUAGAACAUUUAGCAUUUUGAUGGAUUUUUUCAGCCACCAAAAUUCGGAAGACGAACCCCCCCCCUGAAAUUUUACAUGGCGUGGCGGCAUGUGUUGUGUUUGUAGUUAGUUAAUAAGUACCUACAAUUUACAGUUGCGCACUCUCAAACCGAACGAAAUCGAAAACAGAACACAGAAAACUUAACGAAAACUAUAUAUACUAAAUAUAGAUAAAGGAUAUAUAUAUAUAUAUACAGACCUCUACACCAAAAUAUCGCAAAAGCUAUUCUUCAAGGCAAGGCUGGGGAGUUAUAUACAACCAAAAACAAAACAAAAAAAAAAGAAAACACAAAGUGAGAAAUCGUCUUAAACCAAAGAAAAUUCUGUAUUUACAUAUAUUUACAACCAAGAUCCCAACCCAAAGAUAAGAUACCAAAGCCCUCAACCAAACCACAACAUAUGGUACUUACUAUUAUUAAGUUAUUAUAUAUAUACAUAUAUCUAUAUAUAUGUAUAAACGAAAUUUAUAAACAGGUCUUGAUCUAAGUCUAUAACUUUUGUGGACUAGAUUCGUUUUUCCUAGGCUAAUAACGAAACAAACGAAAGAUAUUCAAAUUUUCGACAACCAAAAACCGAAUGAUACCAAAGAAAGGAUAGAAAGUAUUUAAAAAUUAUAAAGAAAAAAAAACCCAACAACAAGAAAAACUUUUCAUGUGAUGUUUAAGGAUUUAUUAUAAAGACAGAGAAUAUUUAAUUAUUAUACUUAUACUGUAUUUCGAAUAAUGAUAAAACAAACAAACAACAACACGAUAUUAUUCUAAAUAAAUUUAAAUUUUCAAAACUUUUUUCGUUGUACGAAUAACAAGGCAACAUUAAGAAUAAAUAAUCUCUUUACCACUCA